AUGUGCAAUUUUGCAAUUGUUGAAGAAAAAAUUUUUGAAAAACAUUGCUCCCGCUGGAAAAAACUAUUGGGAUGGAAGCAAGGAGACGAAGAAGAAAAAUGGGCUGAAAAGGCUGUUGAUUCAUUAAUAAAAAAGCUUAAGAAGCGGAAGGGUGGCAUAGAAGACUUGGAAAGAGCUUUAUGUUACCCAGGACAACCUAGUAAAUGUAUAACAAUACCCAGGAGCUUGGAUGGAAGGCUGCAGGUGUCACAUAGAAAAGGCUUACCACAUGUAAUCUACUGCAGAGUGUGGCGAUGGCCAGACUUACAAUCACAUCAUGAAUUAAAACCCCUAGAACUUUGUCAAUUUCCAUUUUCAGCAAAGCAAAAAGAAGUCUGUAUAAAUCCUUAUCAUUACAAAAGGGUUGAAAGCCCAGUCUUGCCGCCUGUUUUGGUGCCUCGCCAUUCCGAAUUUGCUCCAGGACACAGUCUUUUGCCUUUUCAACAACUUGCAGAACCUGCAAUGCCUCACAAUGUGUCAUAUUCUGCUGGAGGAUUUGCUGGUGGUCCUCAGAGUCCCAUGUCAAGUGUCGGUUCUGCUCCUAGUCCUGGAUGCAUGACUUCAAAUCCUCAGAGUCAUACACAACAUGAUCCCUCAACCCCUAAUGAUCCUUCUGCUAUGGAUACAUCCAUGCCUGAAGUUGCUCCAGUGUCAUACCAGGAACCUCUUUAUUGGGCCAGUAUUGCAUGUUAUGAAUUAAAUUGUAGAGUUGGAGAGUUUUUUCAUUGUCAGAGUCAUUCUGUAAUAGUUGACGGUUUCACAAAUCCAAGUAAUAAUUCCGACCGUUUUUGCCUGGGGCAAUUAAGCAAUGUUAAUAGAAAUUCAACAAUCGAAAAUACUAGAAGGCAUAUUGGAAAAGGUUAG